AUGAAAUGGAGUUUGUCCAGAAAAGGAUAUUUUUGGCCAAGCAUAUUCAAAGAUUGUAUCGAGUUUUCAAAGGGUUAUGAAGAGUGCCAGAAACAUGGCCCAAUACAUAGAGUACCAGCAACCGAGUUGCAUACGAUUGUUAAACCGUGGCCUUUUCGAGGUUGGGCAAUUGACAUAAUUGGCCAGAUCCAUCCUCCGUCAGCAAAAAACCACAAGUACAUAAUCGUGGCCAUCGAUUAUUUUACGAAAUGGGUGGAAGCCAUUCCUGUAAAAGAGGUUGACCAGAAAGAAGUGAUAAAUUUUAUUGAAGACCAUAUUAUAUUUCGAUUUGGAAUACCCCAGACAAUAACUACCGAUGAAGGAACGGUGUUCACAGGUCGAAAAGUGGUCCAAAAUUCACCCAGGAAUGCCACUCAAACUACGCCAUACAAGUUGGUUUAUGGUCACGAAGCAGUUUUGCCUAUUGAUAUCAAUUUACAAUCUGUUCAAGUGCAAAGGCAAAACGAGUUGCCAGUCAAGGAUUACUGGAAUUUAAUGUAUGAUGAACUAAUGCGACUGGAUGACGAAAGAAUGACAGCCAUGCAAAAUGUCAUUCACCAGAAAGAAAAAAUAGCUCGAGUUUAUAACAAAAAGGUCAAGAGCAAACAAUUUUCGAGUGGGGACUUAGUCCUAAAAGUUAUCCUACCAAUGGAUCAGAAAUCUCAAAAUCGGGGUAAAUGGACCUAUAAUUGGGAAGGACCAUUCAUUAUCGAAAGAAUCUACUCGAACAAUGCAUACUUGAUCAAAGAGUUAAAUUCGAGAAAUGAAAGUAAAGUGAUGAACGGAAAGUACUUGAAGAAAUUUCAUGAAAGUAGCAUGUACUGA